AUGGUAACCUCCCUUCUGCGUUUGCAUCCUCCAGGGGUACGGUCGCGGCGCUGCUGCUUCUCCACGGAGGUGGUGUCGGCCGCGCUCUCCGGCAGCGAGGAGAGCCACGGACUCGGCAGUCACACGCAGGACCAAGGCGGCCGGGAGUCCAGGCCCGUGACAGCGGCCUCCGUGGCAUCCACAUUUGAGAACGGCAGCCGAGCCCCGUCUAAGCGUCUGGACCAACACAGGCUCGCCCUCGACCUCAAGAUGCCAGCCUUCCACUCCCCACCAGAAACGCCCGGUGCGGGCCGCGGGGCCGACGUCCCUCCCGGUGCCCGGGGAACUGGCCCGCAGCCCAAUGCGGCAAGCCCGAAGGAGAAGCUGCCUGACCCGUACAGCAAGGAGCUGUCGGGGGGAGGAAGAAGGGCACCUGCCCCAGACGGGGCCCCCCUGGAUUUAAGCACGAGGUCGGGCGGGGACGACCCCCGAGAGGUGGCGCUCUCCCCGCAGGCCACGCUGGUGGUCCACCCGUGUCCUUACUGCGCCCACAAGACCUACUACCCCGAGGUGCUGUGGAUGCACAAGCGCAUCUGGCACCGCGUCGGCGGCGGCGCCGUGCCGCCCUGGGCACAGCCCAACGGCUACCGGAGCAUCCGCAGUGGCCUGGCGUUCCUGGCACGCAGCGGGCGCACGGGUCCCCCACCCGCCCUCGGCGGCAAGGAGUGCCAGCCCCUGCUGCUCGCCCGCUUCACCCGCACGCAGGCGCCCGGCGGGGCCCCGGGACCCAAGGGUGGCUCCCCGCCUCUCGGGGGGGCCACGAAAGCCACGAGCCUGCCUGAGAACCGGGAGGGCCGUCCUGGGGGCCCGUCUGGGCCCGACGGCUAUCGACAGACCAGACCUGGCCACGGCCAGGAGACACCCAGCGCUGCCACCGCUGGCGGGCAGGGACCUCUGGGGAAGGCCAAACUGGAGGCUGGCACCAAGCCCGGCCCGCCUGCCGGCGCCGGGGGCCUCGGCAGGAGUGCCACCCCCACGCCCUCCGUCAUCACCCGGGUAGCGGCCCAGUCCGCGGCCAACAGCAAGCCCACGGAGAAGUUUGGAGUGUCUCCGGCAGCGGCCAGCUCCGGUCCCCCACACAAGCACAGCGGCCCGGACUCUCUGAAAGCCAGAUUCAGCCCGCAGCCUCAGGGUGCGCCUCCUGUGAAGAGCGAAGGGGGGCCGUCCCCGCUUCCCCGCGAGCCCCCGUCCCCGGAGCUGAGGACGCCGACCACCUGCGCCACGGCCACCAGAGGGGACCCCGUGGCGCAGGCCCAGCCUGGGACGCCCUCCGUCAUACACUCCGCCAAGCAGGAGCCCGCAGCCGAGGGCCAGGAGAAACGCCUGGACAUCCUCAGCAUCUUUAAGACGUACAUUCCAAAGGACUUCACCACGCUCUACCAGGGCUGGGGGGUCAGCAGCCCUGGGCCGGAGCACAGAGGGGACAGGCCGUGCCAGCCCAGGGACUGUGCUGACAGAGCUCACACCUAGAGGUGUGCCACCCGCACGCCGGCGCCCGCGGGGGAUCCCCACGGCCUUGCUGCCCUGAGCACCAUGCCUCCAGGAGGAAGAGCCGCGUCUCCAGCCCGGACCCCCCUGCCCAGAGCCGCCAGCCCCUCCUCGCCAGCUGUGAGCCACAGCAACGAAGCAAUGCCCGGAACCCCUUGACUCCCCCCACGCGUGUGCAUGCUCACCCACUGUGGCUGUGCCCCUCCCCCCAACACGAGUGGUGCUGGCCGCCGGGCGGGAGCUCGAGGCGUCCGUAUUCGUCACGACGAGUUGGAGACACUGGAAUAGAGCGACUCGUGGGCCUUGCACGGAGGGGAGAAGCCGACGCCGUCGGCGGAGCCGGGGCUCUGAGGACCGAGGCGAUGUCGGCAGGACGUGGGACCGAGGUGGCUGGAGCGUUAGUACUACUGCCGUGCUCUCCGUGUCAUAGUGCGUGUGGAGAAUAGCAAACAGGAAAGGAAGGCGGCGGUGUUGGGGUGCUGUGGAGACCAGGCUGGCGGGGUCCCGGCGAGCUGGACUGGUUCGGAGGUGGGACUGCACGAGCCUCGGCCGCGGGCCCUCCUGUGCGCCCGCUCUGCCCACGCCGCCAUCCCUGCUGACGGCCGCACGGGAGGCGUGGGCGUGGGCACGCGUGGGAUCUGCUUCGGGAAGGAGCUGUUGGACACUAGAAGAGCAGGCUUCUUUCUUUAUUCUCAGGACCUUUGUGUAACAGGGCUACAUUCUGUAAACUGCUCACAAAGAAAGACUGCAGGUCUCUACCAAUUAGCCACUGAAUCCUCUCGAUUUGGGCCUGAUGUAGAAAUGCAGAGGAGCCCCGAGCAGGGCUGGGGUGCCCAGAUCACGCGGGGCCUCGGGGCUCUGGUACCCUCUGUUCCCUCCCCGCCUCCCCUGCACCACCCCAGCAAAUACGUGUCUUUUCCUCCUUGAGCCUGGUGCUGUCCACAGACAGCGCAGGCCGAGGUGGGGACGGCUUUAUAUACCUCUUCCAUAGUAAUGCAGAUGCAAGGGUUUGGUUUUGUUUUGUUCUGUUUUUUAAAGUGGGGGGUGAAAGCCCGUAAGACCUUACUACACCAUGCAGUGUAUGCAGAUUGAAUCGUAUUCCACAGAUCUAGAUAUUUUCUUUUCCUGUGACCGUGAUACUACGUGUGAUGGGAAUAUUCUGAGAGUUUCAGAUUUUUGCACAUAUGAUUUUAUGCAUUAUCAGAAGUUACUGCUGCCUUGAAAGAAAAUGUUCUGUGAAAUUUUUUGCAAAAGCUUUACUAGGGUUUUUUUUUUUAAUUGUGAAAUUUUGUAAAGGCAGGAAAUGGAUUAAGAUGAGCAUGCUAAAUAUAUUUUUCAAAAAAAGCAAUAAUUUUACAUGUACAGAAAUUAUCCUAACCUUUAAUACUGGUGAGAGGGACAGUUUACCUAAUACAGUAAUGGAUUACUGCAGUUUUGUAGAAAAUGGCUUCUGAUACAAAGACUUGUUUAAACACACACACACACACACACACACACACACACACCCUGAAGUGUGGUUUUCCUGUUCUAAUGAUACGUUGGAUUAUUAUUAUUAUAAUAUUAUUAUUAUUAUUGUUAUUAUUGUUAUUGUUAGUUGAUGUUUGGUUCUGGAUUCUACUUGUUACUGAGUUUAAAUUACUUGACAGUUCAGGUGGCUUUGUGACACUUGCAAACAAUGCAAUGUAACUGGCUAGCUUAUAUCCUAUUAUACAUGUAUUAUUUUUUUUACUUCUUUCCUCUGGCUAUUCUUACACCGGGUAUGUACGAGGCUGGCCCACCGUGUUGGCGUGCUCAGGGGCCCGUGCCACCGUGGGGGCCCUCUGUGAAGUUACUUUGAGCGAGAAAGAGACACAGUCCUCGGCCACUGAGCAGUGAAGUGAGUGUGUUUGUGUUGAUUUGUGCUUGACCAUUUCGCUAGCUGCCCCAAGUGCUCAUUCCUGCAUCGUCUGGCUUUUGUUUUCUUGGCUGAACGUAAAUGGUGACCGUUAGGAAUGUACAGAGGCUCUGGACGCGGCCCUGUCUGUCUUCUCUGUGUCUUAGUUUAUUAAAAGAAAUUCUGUACCCAAAGUGACACCAAGGUGUCGUCUACAUUUUUACUGUGUCCAAACGGCACUUGGCAUUUAGAGCUGAAAGUGUCCUUGCUCCCCACGAAUCUCUCUUUUCAGUCCGUCUGGAGAGAGGGGUGUGCUGGGGUCCCCGCGGCCGGCGGCUGGCUUGGAGCCUGGUGCGCGGGAGCGCAGCCGGAGGACAGCAGCUCGCCGGGACGGGCCAUGCGGAGCGCAGAGAUGCGCCUUGCCCGUAGUUAACAGGGCCGCGAGGGGCACCCCGCCUGGCCGGCACGUGCAGCCUGGAUGCGCGGCUCCUUUCUUCCACCGACCCUCAGUAUUGGACUGGCUUGUUUAUUCACUUAGGUCAGUUCCCCCAUUGUAUUUAAGUUGAUUUGUGUUUUCUUAUUUAUUUAGCCUGUGUGUGUAGAUGUGCUCCCCCGCCCAAUGGUCAUUUCCGUGGAUUCUUGACUGUUCCUGACAUUCUACUACCUCUGCCAGUCUGUCGUCUCCUCCUGACCCUACCAGGAGUUCCCCAGUGUUGCGUGUAAUGUCACGCAGACAGUGAAGGGCAGGGUUGGAUACGCAGCAGCAGCCCUUGUGUCCCACCCCCUCCGCCCUGCCUGCUUGCUGCUUGCUGCCUCCCGUGCCUGGCCCCCUCCCUCGGCCCCCCUCCCCCCGCUUCUCCUCCUCACGCUUCAUUUCAAAUAACACAUAGAUAGCUUCUACGGAUCUUUCAGGUUAAUCACUCGUAGUCCUUAAUUUGGAGAACGAACGUCUCGACCGUCUUUCCCGAGUGGCAGGCGCUGUCUGUCUGGUCUGAAGCCGGGGCCUGGCCAGUGUCAGGCUGACCGCAGCUGGGUCAAAGUUCACCCUGUCAACACCAGGCAGAUUGUUUUUCAAGCCAAGUGGACUCUCUCUUCUUUUUUCUUUCUGUUGUUCUGAGAAGGAUUGAAGGCUUUAAGAGGUUUCCCCAAUAUUAUUUAUUUUGUAAGUCAAGAAGGACACUGGUCUCUGAAAACAAGGUGCUCCAGGGAAUUGCAGUGGGAGGCCACCGUGGGCAUGUCGCACGGUGAAGGAAUAUUGGCUCCGUCUGUCGCAGCCGUGGAGAUCCAUCCCGAGGUGCACCUGUCUGGGAGCGGGACCGACUGCUAAGCCACAGGCCCGCGGGGUGACAGCCUCACACGCCUGGGACAUGGAUGGGGCUCCUUCCCAGCGUCCUCGGGAGAGCCACGUAGCUCCAGGGCGAGCAGGUGCUGUGUGGGGAGUGCGGCAGGCAGCACUGCGGGCACCCCCGGACCCUCGGCAGAGACGUGAGCAGCUCCCCUCCCCGAGAACACGAGGCUCCAACCCUGCCCAUGUGCACUGUGUCUGAGGGGAGGCGCUCCGCGUCCGUUCAGGGCUGUGAGGUCGGUAACUUCUGAUUCCAGAGUGUUUUAUUUACUGAGCAGCCACAAAACCGUGAAACCCCAGAAAUGAUGGGCCCGGGGCCCCGCAGGGGUGCUGCAGGCGGGGUGCGGCCCGCGUGGGGCUCCCUGCCCGCCUGGGGCACGCUGGACCGUGGCCACCUAGGGAAACGUCUUCGUUAGCUUCGCCAAGUGGUACUCUGAGGCAGUAAAAUGCAAACAACCAUAGAAUUUGUAUUUCUUUUUAAAAAAAAUACGAUUUAUAACAUUAUAUUUUGUACUCUUUAUAUUAGAAUUUGUAACUAGAUUGAUGUAUUUAACUAUUUCUGAAAAAAAAUAAUUCAAUGUUUCAGUUGUGAUAAAAAAAAGUAUUUAGAUAAAGCAUAAUCAUUCUAUUGGAAUUUGAAAUAAAUAAAAACAAAUCUUGGA